UCCAACUUCAACAAAAUCUACAACAACGCCAUCAGGACAGUCCACCACAACGGAAGGUCCAACAACUACAACUAAAUCAACACCCACAGGUUCCACCACCACAUCUGAAGGUCCAACAACUACUAAAUCUACAACCAUGCCUGCAGGACCCACCACCACAACUGAAGGUCCAACGACUACAACUAAAUCUAAAACCACACCCACAGGAACCAUAUCGACAAGUGAAGGUCCAACAACAACAAAAUCUACGACAAAACCAUCAGGACUGACCACCACAACCGAAGGUCCAACGACCACAACUAAAUCUACAACCACACCCACAGGAAUCACUACAACCAGUGAAGGUCCAACUACAACAACAAAAUCCACGACAAAACCAUCAGGACUGACCACCACAACUGAAGGUCCAAUGACCACAACAAAAUCUACAACCACACCCACGGGAAUCACGACUGCCAGUGAAGGUCCAACUACAACAAAAUCUACGACAAAACCAUCAGGACCCACCACCACAACUGAAGGUCCAACGACCACAACUAAAUCUACAACCACACCCACAGGAAUCACUCCUACCAGUGAAGGUCCAACAACAACAAAAUCUACGACAAAACCAUCAGGACUGACCACCACAACCGAAGGUCCAACGACCACAACGAAAUAUUCAACCACACCCACAGGAAUCACUACUACCAGUGAAGGUCCAACUACAACAAAAUCUACAACAACACCAUCAGGACAGUCCACCACAACAGAAGGUCCAACGACCACAACGAAAUAUACAACCACACCCACAGGAAUCACUACAACCAGUGAAGGUCCAACUUCAACAAAAUAUACAACAACGCCAUCAGGACAGUCCACCACAACGGAAGGUCCAACAACUACAACUAAAUCAACACCCACAGGUUCCACCACCACAUCUGAAGGUCCGACAACUACUAAAUCUACAACCAUGCCUGCAGGACCCACCACCACAACUGAAGGUCCAACGACCACAACUAAAUCUAAAACCACACCCACAGGAACGAUAUCUACAAGUGAAGGUCCAACAACAACAAAAUCUACGACCAAGCCAUCAGGACUGACCACAACAACUGAAGGUCCAACGACCACAACUAAAUCUACAACCAUACCCACAGGAAUCACUACUACCAGUGAAAGUCCAACAACAACAAAAUCUACGACAAAACCAUCAGGACUGACCACCACAACCGAAGGUCCAACGACCACAACGAAAUAUUCAACCACAGCCACAGGAAUCACUACUACCAGUGAAGGUCCAACUUCAACAAAAUCUACAACAACACCAUCAGGAGAGUCCACCACAACAGAAGGUCCAAUAACUACAACUAAAUCAACACCCACAGGUUCCACCACCACAUCUGAAGGUCCAACAACUACUAAAUCUACAACCAUGCCUGCAGGACCCACCACCACAACUGAAGGUCCAACGACUACAACUAAAUCUAAAACCACACCCACAGGAACCAUAUCUACAAGUGAAGGUCCAACAACAACAAAAUCUACGACCAAACCAUCAGGACUGACCACAACAACUGAAGGUCCAACGACCACAACUAAAUCUACAACCACACCCACAGAAAUCACUACUACCAGUGAAGGUCCAACAACAACAAAAUCUACGACCAAACCAUCAGGACUGACAACAACAACUGAAGGUCUAACGACCACAAUUAAAUCUCCAACCACACCCUCAAGAAUCACUACUACCAGUGCAGGUCCAACAUCCACAAUUAAAUCUACAACGACACCAUCAGGACAGUCCACCACAACUGAAGGUCCAACAACUCCAACAAAAUCAACACCAAUAGGUUCCACCACCACAUCUGAAGGUCAGACAGCACCUGAAUCUACAACCAUGCCACCAGGACCGACCACCACAGUUGAAGUUUUAACACCUACAACUUCAUCAACAACCAUACACAUUGAAUCCAGCACGACAACUGAAGGUCCAACAGCAAAAUCUCCAACCCCUUCAAUUGGUCCCACAACCACAACUGAAGGACCAUCUACUCCAACUAAAUCUACAACCACACUCGCAGGACCCACUACGACAUUUAAUAGUCCAACUACUACACCAAAAACAACUACAUCAGAAGGACAAACCACGACCACAAGUAAAGGAACAACUACCAUCAGUACUACCCCAGGCCACACUACACAAUGCUUCUGUGUCAUCAAUGGCAACCACUACAGACCAGGUGAAACAAUUCUGGACAUGAAACAUAUUGGUGCAGGAAUAUGUCUCACAAUGAUAUGUUCUGAUAUUUGUGAGAUUCACAACAAGACUGAACCUUGCUGGACCACACCCUUGCCAAAACCCACCCCACCUGUUCCUUCGUGCCCUGAUUGGGAUGUUGUUCAAAAUGAGACCUUCCUGUUGUGCAACUGCACCAUGGCGAGGUGCAUUGAGAACAAUACCAUUGAAAUUAUUCCAUACGAAUGCCCACCCUUAAAGAAGAUUACUUGUGCCAACGGAAAGGAACCCGUUCUUGUUUUUGAUGAGAACCAGUGCUGCAAACAUUAUGCUUGUGACUGUGAAUGUAAAGGCUGGGGAGAUCCCCAUUACAUCACAUUCGAUGGCCUCUACUACAACUAUCAAGGAAACUGUACAUAUGUCCUAAUGGAAGAGAUUACGCCGAAGCACCACUUAAAGAUUUAUGUUGACAAUGUCUACUGUGAUGCCAUUGAACAUGUUUCCUGCCCACGGUCAUUGAUUAUCUCGUACAAAUCGGAUGUGAUUGUACUGAAGAGCCAAAACCUUGUUGGAGCAGCAGAACUGGAGGCCUUCAAAGAUGAAAAGCGUUUAAGACUACCUUAUUUUCAACAAGGCAUGAAGAUCUUCAGCUCUGACAUUGCCUUAGUUGUAGAGAUCAUACCGUUAGAUGCGAUUAUUACUUUUGGAUUAAGUGACUUCACGAUCGACCUGCCCUACAGGUUUUUUGACAGCAACACACAGGGCCAAUGUGGCAAAUGCAACAACAACCAGGCAGAUGACUGCAUGCUGCCUGGAGGCCAGAUUGUGCAGAGCUGCAGUGCGAUGGCUGACUUUUGGCCUGCAAAAGACAUUUACCAACCAAACUGCCAGAUACCAUCUGUGAUCCCGACCAACGAACCUCUACCCUCGCCAACACUUACUCCAUGCAAGCCAGACUCUGAUUGUGAGCUGCUCUUGACCAGUGUCUUCAAAGACUGCCACCCGUUUGUCAAUCCUGACAAAUACUAUCAAGGAUGUGUUUUUGAUAGCUGCCAUAUGUCCAACCCAGCUGUAGAAUGCACCAGUUUGCACAUGUAUGCUGAUGCCUGCGCUCAGGCUGGAGUUUGUUUACACUGGAGGAAUCAUACGACAUACUGUGAAAGUGAUUGCCCAUCCGACAAGGUCUAUAAACCAUGUAGUCCUGCGGAGCAGCCAACCUGUGAAGACAGUCUUUAUAAACGAAGGCUCAACUACCUAACUGAAGGCUGCUUUUGCCCUGACGGAAUGAAACUCUUCAACAAAGAGUCUGGCAUAUGCGUUGAUAAGUGCGGGUGUCUUGAUCCUGAUGGUAUUCCUCGUGAGUUUGAUGAAAGGUUUGAGUACAAUUGCCUAAACUGCAUCUGUGAGGAGACCACCAAGACCAUAGCGUGCCAACCUAAGGUGUGCCCACCGUCGCCUGUAGUUAACUGCAGCGGUCCAGGCUUUGCCCUUGUCAAUCAGACCAACCCAGCAGACCCUUGCUGUUCUGCCUUAGCUUGCAAAUGUCAGAGUAACACAUGUCCACUCAUCGAUAUCACGUGUCCAAUUGGGUUUACUGUUGUUGUCUAUGUGCCAGAGGGCAAAUGCUGUCCGGAACACACAUGUGAACCGAAAAGGGUUUGUGUCCACAAAAAUGCCGAAUACCAGCCUGGUGAGAUGGUUCCUGUGGUUCCAUGUGAGGAGUGUACCUGUACCAAUCUUGUGGACCCAGAAAAUGGCUUAUUACAAAUAAAUUGCGAGGUUCAACAAUGUCAAGAGCAAUGUGAACAGGGUUAUAGAUAUACGGAAGACAACAAGACGAAUGAAUGCUGUGGUCAGUGUGUACAGACACACUGCAUCUUCAACGUUCGUGGUACUAAGCAGGUGUUGAGGCAAGGUGAUAUGUGGUCAAACCCGGACAACAAGUGUGAGCGUUACACAUGUUUGAGGAGCGGUGACACUUUCACAGCGGUCGCCACACAGAUUGUGUGUCCGCCAUUUGAGAAAGGCAACUGCACACCUGGCACCAUUCAAACCGCAGCAAAUGGAUGCUGUCAAGUUUGUGUGGAGUCGGAGAAAGCUUGUAAGCCAGUGCCUAAUAAAGUGCACAUCAUACACAUGAACUGCCAAUCUUUUGAGAAGGUGGACAUUCCAUUUUGUGAAGGAUCUUGCAACACUCACACAAAAUACUCAGAGGAAACGUCCUCCCUGCAGGCUUCCUGCUCCUGUUGUAAGGGGGUCCGAUCUAGCAAUCGCACAGUUGACUUGCUUUGUCUGAACGGAGACGUUGUUCCUUACUCCUACGUUCACGUGGACGAGUGUAGAUGCUCCCCUAGCGACUGCACCAGAACUGCCGCAGGUCCCGCUCGAAAGAGGCGAAGCUUUACCCUCCUGUAAUUCCAAAUCUACCUUCGUCCAACUCUCAUAGCGAAAAUUAUUACAGAUGUACAGUUGUCAACAACAACGAGAUCGAAUAGAAUAAAAGUGCAGCAUCUCACGGC